AUCAGAACAGAGUGGAUCUAUUAAUAUUUAAUGCUAACCUGAAGAAAAAGAGAUUGCAUUAGCAUCCUUAUUUUUUGUUCUUCUCAAUUCUGUAAUCCCAAUCCGUUCACGUAAUUGUCUUUAAUCUAUGCAUAAGAGUCUGUUUUGUUUCAAUUGAACUGAAUUGGUGGAUCUGAAGCAGCAUAGAGAGAGAUGGCGAUGGCGAGAGCAAGUUCUGGUCUGCAAUACCCAGAGCGGUUCUACGCUGCGGCCUCUUAUGUAGGGUUCGAUGGAUCCACCUCUCCAACCAAAGCUCUCACCUCCAAGUUCCCCAAGUCCACGGCUCUUCUUCUCUACAGCUUAUAUAAGCAGGCUAGUGUAGGACCUUGUAACGUCCCAGAACCCAGUGCAUGGAAAAUUGUGGAGCAUAGCAAAUGGGCCAGCUGGAACCAGCUUGGAAACAUGUCUUCCACUGAAGCCAUGCGACUUUUUGUGAAAAUAUUGGAGGAAGAAGAUCCUGGUUGGUAUUCAAGAGCAUCUAUUUCUGUUGUAGAAGAACCGGUCGUAGAGGUCCAAAUGAAUCAUAAUUCCAAAGUUGAACCAGUAAUUGAGAAUGGAAACUCUUAUCCAGAGACAAAGACUAUUUCCAUUGAAAAUGGAAGUCUAGUUGGAACACAGGUUAAAGAUGUUGUUGUGGAAGGCUUUGGUUGUGUUGGAGUAUACGAUCAAUGGAUUGCACCUCCAGUAUCUGGAAAAUGUCCAAAAGCCCGAUAUGAGCAUGGAGCUGCAGUUGUGCAAGAUAAAUUGUACAUAUAUGGUGGAAAUCACAAUGGUCGUUACCUUAAUGAUCUUCAUGUUUUAGAUAUGAGAAGUUGGACUUGGUCAAAGAUUGAGGCUAAGUCUGGAGUUGAGCCCCCAAUAACUUCAACCCCUUGCGCUGGCCAUUCUUUGAUUCCAUGGGGGAAUAAGCUUCUGUCAGUUGCAGGACAUACAAAAGAUCCUUCUGAAAGUAUUCAAGUGAAAGUGUUUAAUCUUCAAACGGCUACAUGGUCAGUUCUAAAGACUUUUGGGAAAGCUCCGGUAUCACGUGGAGGUCAAUCAGUGAACCUUGUUGGGAGAAGCUUAGUAAUUUUUGGUGGGCAAGAUGCAAAGAGGACUCUCUUGAAUGAUCUUCAUAUUCUUGACUUGGAGACCAUGACAUGGGAUGAAAUUGAUGCUGUUGGGGUGCCACCUUCUCCAAGGUCUGAUCAUACUGCUGCUGUCCAUGUGGAGCGAUACUUACUUAUCUUUGGUGGGGGCUCACAUGCUACUUGCUACAAUGAUUUACAUGUUCUUGAUUUGCAAACUAUGGAAUGGUCUCGCCCCACACAACUGGGUGAAAUACCAACACCACGUGCUGGACAUGCUGGAGUGACAGUUGGGGAAAACUGGUUCAUUGUUGGUGGUGGUGAUAAUAAGAGUGGGGUCUCAGAGACGGUUGUACUGAAUAUGUCUACACUGGCUUGGUCAGUGGUAACUUCUGUUCAAGGACGAGUACCUGUUGCUAGUGAGGGAUUGAGUUUGGUUGUGAGCUCCUAUGAUGGUGAAGAUGUACUUGUAUCUUUUGGAGGAUACAAUGGACAUUACAACAAUGAAGUCUAUGUUCUUAAGCCAAGCCACAAAUCAACCUUGCAAUCCAAAAUAAUUGAAAACUCCAUACCAGACAGUGUUUCUGCUGUGCCAAAUGCCACAAAUGCUACCCGAGAUGUGGAGUCUGAAUUUGAAGCUGACCAUGAAGGGAAAAUUUGGGAAAUUGUCAUGGACAAUGCUGACCCAGCAAAAUCCAAAGGUGAUCUUAUAUCAGUCCUGAAGGCUGAGAAAGAAGAGUUGGAAUCAUCACUCAGCAAGGAGAAGCUGCUGGCUCUUCAACUAAAGCAAGAGCUGGCAGAAGCUGAGUCUCGUAAUUCCGACCUUUACAAGGAGCUCCAAUCAGUUCGUGGUCAGCUUGCUUCUGAGCAGUCAAGGUGUUUCAAACUUGAGGUGGAAGUUGCUGAAUUAGGUCAGAAGCUCCAAACAAUUGGGACAUUACAGAAGGAGCUGGAGCUCCUCCAGCGGCAAAAGGCUGCAUCAGAGCAAGCUGCCUUAAAUGCAAAACAGAGGCAGAGUUCAGGUGGCGUGUGGGGUUGGCUUGCCGGUACUCCCCCAAGCCAGGAAUCAGAUGAUGCGUGAACCUCUUAACCGAAUACCAAUGCUACAUUUGGUUUUAUUUAACCAAUUUUAUUUCCAAUACUUAUUGUGUAUUAAUUCAGUUCUUUUUUUAGUGAUGUAAAUAAGAUUUAGCUUCUAUUUUGCCUGAAGAUGAGGAUGUUAGUAUGGUAUAGUGCAUGUUAUUUUUGCCGCCAUUUUUGCAGACGAUUGUAUUCAAAGUGAGUACAUUAUUGAAUGAAAAUAUAGAAAUUCUUUUGUUUU